AUCAUAAACAGUAUGCAAGUGUGUCCUUUUACGAACAGAUCGGUCGGUUGAAGGCAGAUAGAAGAUGAUAGAUCCAUCUUCAUCUGAAGAAGACAGUGAAGAAGAACAUGGACCAGGUCACCAUGUUGGACACCAUCCACCCUCCCACCAUCAGCAUCAUUCAUCAAUUCAUUCACACCCUGCGGAAUCAUCGCCAUAUCACCAGUCGCAUACAUCAGAAUUGGGGAGCGGCAACUUGGAAGUGCCUGCGCCUAGUGCUGUUCUUGCGCAACGUUCAUUAUCACCAUCUAGUGCCGUAUCGGCUGAAACGCUCAGCCACAGUAUGGGGUCUUCCAGAGCAAAUUCCUUACCCCGACCCACGAGUCCAUCGCCUUCAGUUGCCUCUGAAAAAACCGAGGUAGACCUCCAAGAGAAGCAGGAGAGGGAGGAAGAAGAACGCAAGCGGCGGAUCCAACUUUACGUUUUUAUAUCGAGAUGUAUAGCCUACCCUUUCAAUGCAAAACAGCCUACGGAUAUGACGAGGCGACAGACUAAAAUUACCAAACACCAGUUAGAAAGUAUUAUAAAUAGAUUUCAGAGUUUUUUGAAAGGAGAAACACAAAUAAUGGCCGACGAAGCCUUUCAGAACGCUGUACAAAAUUAUUACGAUGUUUUUUUGAAAUCUGAAAGGGUCGUCAAAAUGGUGCACUCCGGAGCUUGUUCACAAUACGACUUCAGAGAAGUUUUUAGGAAUAAUAUAGAAAAACGAGUUAGAUCUUUACCCGAAAUGGAGGGACUCAGUAAAGAGACAGUGUUCACAUCCUGGAUGGCUAAGUUCGACUGUAUAUUGAAAGUUACUGAUGAAGAUUCCAAACGGCCUUCGAGAAUGCAACAAAAUUUAAAUUCUGAACUGAUUCUAUCUAAGGAACAACUCUACGAUAUGUUCCAGCAAAUUCUUGGCGUGAAGAAAUUCGAACAUCAACUUUUGUUCAACGCGCUGCUCCUCGAUUCAGCUGACGAACAAGCAGCGGCUAUUAGGAGAGAGCUUGAUGGGAGGAUGCAAAAAGUAGCAGAGAUGGAAAAGAACCGAAAGUUAAUGCCUAAGUUCGUGUUGAAAGAAAUGGAGUCCCUUUACAUAGAAGAACUCAAAUCAUCAAUAAACUUAUUAAUGGCGAAUUUGGAGUCGCUGCCAGUUUCGAAAGGAUCCAUGGAUUCCAAAUAUGGCUUACAAAAACUAAAACGCUAUAAUCACAGGUUGCAUAACCAUAAUAAUCCGUAUAAUGUGAAGCACAUAUUGAUGAAUUAUGUUACUUCUUUUAGAUCGCAAGGAUCUUUAGCGAAACUAGAAGGAGACUCUGCGGAUAGCGACACUCAACUCACUAAACUUGAUGUAGUUUUGACAUUCCAACUGGAGGUAAUAGUUAUGGAAGUCAGAGGUUUGAAAUCAUUGUCUCCAAAUCGUAUUGUUUAUUGUACGAUGGAAGUUGAAAAUGGAGAAAAGUUACAAACAGAUCAAGCUGAAGCGUCAAAGCCAAUGUGGGAUACCCAAGGAGACUUUUGUACCACUCAUCCCUUACCAAUUGUGAAAGUCAAACUCUAUACAGAGAAUCCUGGAAUGUUAGCACUGGAAGAUAAAGAACUUGGGAAAGUAAUACUGAAACCUACGCCUUUAUCAUCCAAGGCACCUGAGUGGCACAAAAUGACCGUACCUAAAAAUCUUCCCGAUCAGGAUUUAAGAAUAAAAAUAGCUUGUAGAAUGGAUAAACCACUGAAUAUGAAACACUGUGGCUACUUGUACGCAUUAGGAAAGAAUGUAUGGAAAAAAUGGAAGAAACGGUAUUAUGUAUUAGUCCAAGUGUCCCAAUAUACUUUCGCCAUGUGUAGUUACAAGGAAAAGAAGUCCGAGCCAUCGGAGAUGAUGCAAUUGGAUGGAUAUACUGUGGACUAUAUCGAAGCUUCAAGUGCCAACUUGAUGGUUGGAAUGGACCUGGAGGGUGGAAGGUAUUUUUUUAAUGCCGUCAAAGAAGGAGACAGCAUCAUUUAUGCUAGCGAUGAUGAGAACGAGUGUCAUCUGUGGGUUAUGGCCAUGUACAGGGCGACAGGCCAGUCUCAUAAACCUACACCCCCACUUACUCUGCAAGAUAAAAAUUCCACCAUAUCCAAAAUUCAAGGAGAUGCCGACAGAGCAAGAAAACAUGGAAUGGAAGAUUUCAUUUCGGCUGAUCCCUGCCAAUUUGACCACGCUUCUUUAUUUAGGCUGUUGCAAAAUCUCACACUGGAAUAUAGGCUCAAUGAUCCCUAUUGUUCUUUGGGUUGGUUCAGUCCAGGACAAGUAUUCGUUUUGGACGAGUACUGUGCAAGAUAUGGCGUGAGAGGAUGUUACAGACAUUUAUGUUAUUUAUCGGACCUUUUAGAUAGGGCAGAGAAGAAUUUAAUGAUAGAUCCUACGUUAAUUCACUAUAGUUUUGCGUUUUGCGCUAGUCAUGUACAUGGAAACAGACCUGAUGGAGUUGGAAGUGUAACCCACGAAGAAAAGGAAAAGUUCCAAGACGUGAAAGAGCGAUUGCGAGUAUUAUUAGAAAAUCAAAUAACUAAUUUCAGGCAACUGCGCAAGGCAGACCGGCAACCGUCAAGUCAAGCAGCCUCGGCGGGCGCAAAUUCAAAUUCUAGUUCGCCCGCUCCAGGCACCCCUGGCGGCCGUGACGCCAAGCACCAAUCUGUGUCUCGCUAUUGCAUGCCUCAGCAUGCCACUUACACCCCACCAGAUCCUACGGCCUUUGCGUGGUUUAGCGACUUAUUGGUUGAACACGCUGAAAUAUUUUGGUCUUUGUUUGCUGUGGAUAUGGACAGAGUAUUGGCAGAGCAGCCGGCUGAUACGUGGGACUCUUUUCCAUUAUUUCAAAUCCUCAACGACUAUCUCAGGGCCGAUGAUAAUCUGAAAAACGGACGGUUUCAUCAACAUCUACGGGAUACUUUCGCACCGCUAGUAGUUAGAUAUGUUGACCUUAUGGAGUCGUCCAUCGCUCAGUCUAUACAUAAAGGUUUCGAGAAAGAGAGAUGGGAAAUUAAAGGAAUGGGCUGUGCAACAUCUGAAGAUUUGUUUUGGAAGUUGGAUGCUCUCCAAUCUUUCAUAAGAGAUUUGCAUUGGCCAGAUGCAGAAUUUAGGCAACAUUUAGAACAACGUUUGAAGCUAAUGGCUUGCGAUAUGAUGGAGUCUUGCAUACAAAGAACAGAAACUGCAUUCCAACAAUGGUUGAAGAAGUCCGUUACUUUCAUUUCGACUGAUUACAUUAUACCAUCUGAAAUGUGUGCCAUGGUGAAUGUAAUACUAGAUGCAAAAAAUCAGUCUCUGAAAUUAUGUGCCGUGGAUGGAAUCGAUUUACACCAAUACCACACCAAAAUAGACGACAUGAUUGAAAAAACGAACGCUAAUAUGGUCCAAGGUUUGAUAAGCAAAAUGAUGUCAGUUCUGGAAGCCACUUUGUCGAAGUUAUCGAGAUAUGAUGAAGGAAGUCUUAUUGGUUCAAUCCUAAGUUUCACGAAUGUAUCCGGUUCUGGAAAAGACAUGGGUCAAGGUUAUGUUAACUUCACCAGAAACUGCAUGGAGCAAAUAAGGCAAAAGAUCACAGAUGAGUUAUGGAUAUUGACGUUUUUCGAACAGUGGUAUACCAGUCAAAUUAAUAUGCUUUGUAAUUGGUUAUCUGAACGGUUAGAUCACAGUUUGCACCCCUACCAAUGUACGUGCCUUGCUCAUAUUGUCAAGAAAAUAUAUUCCGAUUUCGAGCUUCAAGGAGUUAUGGAGGAUAAGUUGAAUUCUAAAGCUUAUCAGACAAUAGCUCAGAGGAUGCAAACAGAAGAAGCAACUUGUGCUCUAACUAUGGGGCAAGCAGAAGGUGGCAUGGUGGAUGGGUUGGAUGAAGACGGUGACAACAGAAGUAAAACGAAAGUGACAAUAAUGGAAAGUUUGGGAGGUGAAGAUGGUAAUUUUGUUUCUAAUGUUGGAACCAUGAUUGGAGGAAAAGUUGGAAAUAUUUUUGGAAAAGGUUUAGGAGGAAUUGGCUCCAAAUUAGGAGGAGGGACGGGCAGCUGGUUUUGAAUUCAUAAGUUGACAUACGAUAUUAUCGUUUUGGUUAUUCAUCCCGAAAAAAGUUGACCUGGUAACUGAUGGUCCUCUUAUGUAAAAAAUAUUCGUAACUGAAGUUUUGUAAAUAAUAUUUUUUAAUUAAUGAUCAAAGUAACACUGAGUGUUAGUUUACAUGUUGAAUGCUGUUAUUUAAUACUGAUUUUCAAACACUUGAAAUGGUUUCAAACCCCAAAAUAUGUAGAACCCAAUGACUUAGAUGAAUGUAUCAAGGGACCAGGUGUAUCGUGUGAAUCUGUUUUUUUUACCAAACCCUAACCUGUUUCUUGUAUAAAGUAUGAAACUGACUCUUUCGGUAGAUCUUGAAAUCCAUAUAAAAUUGUAAAUAUUGGCAAUGUUAAUAGUUGUUACUUCAAGUGUUUUUGAAUCAAAUUGUAUAGUUAUCAAAUUCAGCCCAAUGAGUUAGUUAAUAUGGUUUAGAGAGUGUAUCCGAUCAUAAACUUGGCUGUCAUGGCAACCAUAGUAAAGUGUGCAGAUUCAGAACAAAAACAAUUUUCCGCAAAAAUUAACAGAAAAUCAACCAAGUCCUUAUGGUCCGAUAACCCACUUACCUGUUACAACCAUAUAUUAAAAAUAUCCUUUCUUUUUCCUAGUUGUUGAACUUUUUUCAGAUUAUUGCACUGGAUGAUUAUUUGAUAAAACUCUUUCCAUGAAGAGGCAUACAUAUCUAUUUUUUUUUGAUUAUCUUUUAGGACCUAAAUGAAUCGAUCGAUUGAUAUUUGUACGCCUGUUCAUUCCCGUUUAUUCCCCACAAAUAUGUUUGUCAUUCCAUAACAAAUCACCAUAAAUUACCAAAUUUUAAAAGACUCCAAUAAUAAUUCCA